AUGGAGAGAACAUCAGUCGCACCGGCUGGGUCCUCUGCGCCGGCCGAAUCGUCGUUUGCUGUGAUUGGCUCGUCUGCCUCAGCAGGUACAAGCGAAUUCGCCAGCUCUGGAGCCUUGGAACAUUCCGAAACCGUACCUGCCUUGACUCUUCCCUCGUCUGGUUUCGAUUGGACCUUUGGAGAGACUCCCUUUGGCGCCAUAACUGAGUCGUUACCAGAACAUUCGUCUGUACCACACUCGUUGUCCCCGCUAUCAGCACUCCCGCCUACGGCAGUAGCGUCAAUCCCCACCUUGGAGUGUUCUGCAGGAAGCGCUACAGCUGGAGGUCUCAGCAACACCGGUAGACGGCGUGCUCGAAUAGAUUCACAGCUACAGCCCUGUGGUGUGGAUGACUUGCUCCAGACAGAGGACAAGGCGGAGGCAGGAGAGGAAGGCGGAGGAGGGGGAUGGGCGUGGAUCUUCCAGGAGGGGGAAGGUGAAAGAGAGGCGACAGUCAACGGCAACGCGUCGGACUUCAAGAGAGGCUCUGCGCAGAGUGGCCAGGAGGGGAGGGAUACGGGAAGGGGUACGGAGAGGGGUACGGGGAGGAGCAGGGGGAGGGGAAGGGGGAGGAGUGGCAGCCGCAGGAAGCAUCCGCGGGUGUUUCCGAGCGAGGUGGAGCUGAAGCAGGCUGCUGCUGACACGGGGGAAGGCGGAGGGGUAGGAGGAGGAGCAGGGGGAGGAGGAGGAGGAGGCAGUAUGGGGGGAGUGAGGGGGGGCGGUCAAGAGCAAGAGAGGCUGUUACGCAUGCAACAGCAGUCAGGAUCGCCUGCGGUGCAGUGGUUACCACAGCAGCAGCUACAGCAGUAUCAGCUGCAGCAGAAGCAGCAGCAGCAGCAGCAGCAGCAGCAGCAGCAGCAGCAGCAGCAGCAGCAGCAGCAGCAGCAGCAGCAGCAGCAGCAGCAGCAGCAGCAGCAGCAGCAGCAGCAGCAGCAGCAGCAGCAACAGCAGUAUCAGCUGCAGCAGCAGCAGCAGCAGCAACAGCAGUAUCGGCAGCAGCAGCAGCAGCAACAGCAGUAUCAGCAGCAGCAGCAGCUACAGCAACAGCAGGAGCAGCAACAGCUGCAGAGGUAUGAGCAGCAGCAACAGCAGUACAAGCAGCAGCAACAGCAGAAUCAGCAGCAGCAGCACCAGGAAGAGGAAUUGCAGCAAUUGCAGCUGAAACAGUAUCAGCAGCAGCAGCUGAUGCAGCAGCAGCACCAUCAACAACAGCAGCUGCUGCAGCAGGAGGAGCAGCAGCAGCAGCUGCAGGAGAAGCAGCAGGAGCAGCAGCUGGUGAUGCAGCAGAAGCAGAAGCACUGCCGAUUCUGUGGCAAGGGAUUUGAUUCCCCUCGGGCGCUGGGAGGUCACAUGAACAUGCACAGGCGAGGCUCCGCAGCUGCUACAGCUGCUACAGCCCCUCCUUCUGCACCUGUGGUUGGCACUGCUUCUUCAUCCUUGCCUCAAUUUCCCCGUUACAUCCCACCGUCUGAACCCCAAGUUCCUUCUUCUCGCCCUCCUGCCGUGCUGCCUCCUCUGUCUCCUCUGUUUCAGCCUCCUCUGUCUCACCCCCCUCUGUCCCAACCCCCCAUUCCACAGCCCCCUCUGUCUUACCCUCCUCUGCCUCACCCUCCUCUGCUUCAGCCCCCUCUCCUGCAGGAGUGCCCCCGCCAGCAGCAGCAUUGCCACUAG